AUGGGCCCCUCUAAAGUCAUUCCAUAUUAUUUCAAAGCAACAGAAAAUUUUGAUAAAGAAGAGAUUACGAUGGCUACCCUGGUCACCUAUAACCGAUUUAAGGUACUUAGUCGACUUGCUUCCCAUUACAAAGGACCUAUAUCUGUCGCUAUUCACAUCAAUGAUGAUGGCUCUAAAGAAAACAUAAUAAAUGAUUUACAUAAACUCUAUGAUGAAAACGAAAACAUGAGACGUUAUGUAGACCUGCAUUUAGUUAUCGACAAGUUUGAUCGUCAAUUCAACAUGUGGCGUAAUGUUGCUAAAUUCUUUGCACGUACUGAUUAUAUUAUGAUGCUCGAUGUCGAUUUUUAUCUUUGCACUGAUUUUAGGAAAUCUCUUAAAAAGGAACCUGAAUUGAUGGAAUUGUUAAAAGCUGGAAAGGCAGCCAUUGUGGUACCAGCAUUUGAGUAUGUGGAUGAGAAUGAUGGCGAAGACUGGAACGAUUUCCCAAAGACCAAACAGGAUUUAUUGGUAGAUGUAAAUACAAAUAAACUUGACAUGUUCCACAGAGGAUGGAAGCGUGGUCAUGGCUCAACCAAUUAUGAAAAAUGGUAUAAACAAACAAGGCCUUACAAAGUGACAGAUUAUAAUUACUCUUAUGAGCCUUAUGUUAUUUUCAAGAAGGAAGGAACACCUUGGUGUGAUGAACGAUUUGUAGGUUAUGGUGCUAAUAAGGCCGCUUGUUUAUUUGAAAUUUAUUUGGCUGGCAUUGAUUAUUGGGUUUUGCCAAAUGAUUUCUUGAUUCAUCAAACUCAUCAUUAUCCGGAAGAUACAAGAGCAAAAGAGCGUACGUACAAUAAAAAAUUGUAUGAUUACUACAGAGAAGAAAUAUGUCUUCGUUAUGCACGUACGAUGAUUGCCGCAAAUGAAUGGAAUACUUCUAAAGCUACUAAUCUCAAAAAGGAGUGUGGUAGAAUUCGUGGCUUCAAUGACGUUAUUGGAAAGGUUGCUGCAGAACAUAAUGAAUUAUAG